UCACAUUCACAACCUCCUCCUCCCUUCUAGCUCCUUCCAAACUCCAAAAUAUGCAGAAGAGUGGGACCCAGUCCAGAACCUUCACCAACGUCGAGCCCACCGUUCGAUCUUUCCUAACCCAUACGUGUCACCCAUCCAUCCAAUUUCUACCACCAACCCGUUUCUAUCUCCAUUUCUAUAUAAACCAGUCCUCCACAAUUUUCCAUCACCAAAAACUAAAUCAAAACAAAUUAAACCAACAAAAUAAAAACACUAAAAAACAACAAAAACUUCUAAGAAUUAAUUAAGAAAUGGCUCCAGAGAUAGUGAAGAAUACUACUGUAGUUGACUCAUUGAGUUACACAACAAAAUCGGUGAGUCUACCCAGUAGAGCGUACGUAACAUUUUUAGCUGGUAAUGGAGAUUAUGUGAAAGGAGUAGUGGGGUUGAUCAAAGGGUUAAGAAAAGUGAAGUCUGCUUACCCUUUGAUUGUGGCGGUACUACCUGAUGUUCCUGAGGAGCACCGUAGGAUAUUAAUAUCUCAGGGGUGUAUUGUUCGGGAAAUUGAACCCGUUUACCCGCCCGAAAAUAAUACCCAGUUUGCUCAUGCUUAUUACGUCAUUAAUUACUCUAAACUUCGUAUUUGGGAGUUCGUGGAGUAUGAGAAGCUGAUAUACUUAGAUGGAGAUAUACAAGUGUAUGAAAACAUAGAUCAUCUAUUUGAUCUACCAAAUGGCUAUUUCUAUGCUGUGAUGGACUGUUUCUGUGAGGCUUCAUGGAGUAAGACACCUCAGUACAAGAUUGGAUACUGUCAGCAGUGCCCUGAGAAGGUUCAAUGGCCUACCGCCGAGCUCGGCCCACCGCCUUCUUUGUACUUUAAUGCCGGAUUCUUUGUGUAUGAGCCUAGUAUUCCUACUUAUCAUGAUCUUCUGAAGACUCUCAAAGAAACUCCUCCCACCUCCUUUGCUGAACAGGACUUUUUAAACAUGUACUUCAAGGACAAAUUCAAGGCCUUACCAAUAGAUUACAAUCUAGUGUUAGCCUUCUUGUGGAGGCACCCAGACAAGGUAGACCUAAACAAGGUUAAGGUAGUACACUACUGUGCAGCAGGUUCUAAACCAUGGAGAUACACUGGAAAAGAAGAGAAUAUGGACAGGGAAGACAUUAAAAUGUUGGUCAAGAAAUGGUGGGAUAUUUACAAUGAUCCUACUUUAGACUAUAACCCUGUACUUGAUCCUCCUACUCAAACUGGUACUGCUCUUCAUAUUAAGCCAUUUAGAGAAGCUUUGUCUCAAGCUGGUGCUGUUACUUAUAUCACUGCCCCUUCUGCUGCUUAGAAAUUAAUAUUCUGACCAUUUUCCUGGUUGAGAUUAUAUUAGAAAUUAGGGAUUUAAAUGUGGGUUGUUAAUCUUUUUCAAUUUUUGUUCUUUUUUUUUGAGUGGGUUUUUGAUGUUGAUGUUGGUAAUUAAAUGUUUCUAGAUUGUUUAUGUUUGAGAAAAUAGUAAGAAUUGUGCAGUUUUUGUUUAAUGUAAACAUUUUGGAAGAGAAACGUGGAAUAAAUUAAAAAGAUUAUAUUUUUCUGUAUAUAUUGUUUGUUUAACUUUAUCAAUGAACUGUUCAAUGACACUU